AUGUCAGCAAUCCCUACGACGGCGGCGAUGUCGCUCGACGACCUCCAAGAAAUCGCCGCCGAGCAACGCCGCGAACUCAUCUCCGCCCAGGCCCUCGACUCCGACCUCGAUUUCGCCUUCAAUCUCCAACUUCAGGAAGCCAUCACCGCCUCACUCUCAAUCCACGAGCAGCCCCCCGACACUACCCCCGCCGCAGAUGCCCCCAAUACGACCCCUAAGGAAGACGGUGGGGACGUCCCUAGAUUCUCCGACCUCCUGUCCGAAGAGGUCCUGCGGCUCGAGCAGCAGCUGGGAGACUUUGCUAUGUCGGAGGCGGAGUUCGAGAGGGUCAAGGACGACCUCCGCCGCCGGAUCCAUGAUCGGCAGGUGGCGGUUGAGAUCUCGAAGAUGCCGGAUGAGGAGUGGGAGGACUGGGGCGAUGAGUUCGAGCGUCCCUUCGGGGAAGGCACUUCGAAAGGGGAUGAGGAAGAGGUCGAGGUUUUCCGGAUUUAUUUCAAGGGUUUGGUGGAGAAACAGGGGACUCCGGUUGGAGGAAUUGGGGUGGCGAUAUGCAAUUCGAGCGAUGAAUUGUUGUUCGAGUUGAGGAAGCCGCUGGUGGGGAGCGGGGCAAGCAGCCGGCAAUGUGCUGAGGCGCAGGCACUGGUAGAGGCACUUAGUGCCGCGUUGGAUCUUGGUUUGGAGACAGUUAUCUUUUACUGCGAUUACUAUCCCAUUUACAGAUUUGUAACUGGCAGGUGGUUAGCAAAAUCGAGAAAAGUCUCUGCUUUAAUACAUCAAGUCAAGCAGCUCAGAGAAAGAUUUGAUUACUGCCAACCGUAUCUUGUAGCUAGAAACGACAUAAAAUUUGCAUUCAAACUAGCAAGAGAAGCAGUAACAUCUCAGGCCAGUAAGCCUCAAGAGCUCAACUGCUCAGGAACUACAGAGACAUGUGUAAUUUGUACCGAGGACACAAAUAUUGAUCAUAUUUUCCCUGUCGACAACUGUCUGCACCGCUAUUGCUUUUCUUGCAUGAAACAGCACGUGGAAGUGAAGUUACUCCAUGGGCUUUUGCCCACAUGUCCCCACGAAGGCUGUAAAACUGAACUGAAACUUGAUAGCUGCAGCAAAUUCUUGACGCCUAGGUUGAUUGAGAUUAUGAGCCAGCGUAUUAAGGAGGCUUCAAUUCCAGUCACAGACAAAGUCUACUGCCCUUUCCCGAAAUGUUCUGCUUUAAUGUCUAAGGGAGAGGUUUUGGAGUUCUCUAAGAAAUCCAUUAAGGGAGUAGAAACUUUCGGAGCCAGAAGGUGCAUAAAAUGCAAUGGCUAUUUCUGUAUUGACUGCAAAGUACCUUGGCACUACAACUUGACGUGUUCUGACUACAAAGAGAAGCAUCCUUAUCCCCUGCCGGAAGAGGCUAAAUUAAAGAACUUGGCUGAAACAAAUUUGUGGCGCCAAUGUCUGAAGUGCAACCAUAUGAUUGAACUUUCUGCUGGGUGCUACCACAUGACUUGCAGGUGCGGUCACGAGUUUUGCUAUAAUUGUGGUGCUGCGUGGGAAAACAAGAAACAAACUUGCUCCUGUCCACUUUGGGAUGAAGAUUACAUUUUAGAUGAUGAUGAUGAUGAAGAAGAUUUUGACGAUGAAGAUGAAUUUGAUGAUGAGUAUGAUGAAGAUGAAGAUGAAGAGUUAACAUGA